UCCUCCCGCCCUUCUCCAUAGUCCAUCCCUUGUCUCCCUCCCCAGAUAGUCAAAACACUGGUACUAUCUUAUCGCUUAUCAGGCUGUACUCAGCAUUUUGUUCUCGGACACGGCCACAGGCAUAUAAAAUCAGCGUCGCUUCCUGUCAACAAGUCAAGUAUCACGUCUCGUUCAUCCCACCGUCCCCCGUCCACUUUUCCCCUUAUCCUAUAUUCACGAUACACACAACAUGACGACAACACAACAAACCAACUCCUCCGCGGAGCACUACAGCAACCGCAUCGUUCUCACCACCUACCCCAGCCAAAGCGUCGCCAACCCCAUCCCCCUAACCUGGGGCGCCUCCUCGCCCACCACACGAGGUCCCGUCAUCGUCGGCCGGACCAAAAACACCCUCAGCAAGCGGAACGCCAUCGGCGCCCACGGCGGCAGCUACUCGAUCUACACCGCGCUGGCCAUCGCCUCCGGGGACCUCGAACCCGACUUCAAGCCGAACUUCCUGAACACACAACCCACCUUCAACUUCCCCAGCCAACCGGCAUGGAGCGAUCCCAAGAAAAUCGUCUCCAUGGACCCCUUCGGCCACGACAUUGUCAAACACUACUCCACCUACCUCGACUCCGGCAUCGACGUGCGCCCGACCAUCGCCGUCACGCGCGCCACCAUGCGCGUCUCGGAAAUCACCGAAGCCAUUUCCCUGAACCGCAUCCCCAUCGACGGAUCCAUCGUCCUGAACUCCUCCGGCGACGUCAAAGUCACCAAAGUGGCCGUCGAACCGGUCUGGUAUCUCCCCGGCGUGGCGGAACGGUUCGGGGUCGAGGAGAAGGAUCUCCGACGGGCGCUGUUCGAACAUACCGGGGGGAGUUACCCCGAACUGAUUACCAGACCGGAUAUGAAGGUGUUUUUGCCCCCCAUUGGGGGUCUCACGGUGUAUAUCUUUGGGCCGCCGGAAAGGGUCUCGGAUCCGGAGAUCAAGUUGGCGUUGCGCAUUCAUGAUGAGUGUAAUGGGUCGGAUGUGUUUCAGUCGGAUAUUUGUACGUGUCGGCCGUAUCUUACGUUCGGGAUUGAGGAGGCGAUUAAGGAGGCGCAGGGGGGUGGAUCGGGGGUGGUGAUUUAUUUUCGCAAGGAGGGGAGGGCCUUGGGCGAGGUGGUGAAGUAUUUGGUGUAUAAUUCGAGGAAGAGGGGAGGGGAUACGGCGGAUAAGUAUUUUCAGAGGACGGAGAAUAUUGCUGGGACUAAGGAUGUGAGUAUGCCUAUUCCUUUGGGGGUGGGGUGGAUGCGGUUUCAGGCCCUCAUGCCGGAUAUUCUGCACUGGUUAGGGAUCACCAAGAUUGAUCGCAUGCUGUCCAUGUCGAAUAUGAAGCAUGAUGCGAUUGUGGAGCAGGGGAUCCCAAUUUAUGAACGUAUCCCGAUUCCGGACCAUAUGAUUCCUGAGGACUCGCGCGUUGAGAUCGACGCCAAGAUUCACUCGGGAUACUUCACGACUGGCCGACAGAUCACCGAGGAUGACCUCAAAGAGGUCAAGGGCCGGGGUUGGGAGUCUUGGGAGGAUGUAACGGUGAGUUGACACUGAGAUGGUACUCCACAUGUUAG